AUGAAUACUAGGAACAUCACAAGAGAAACACUUUGCGAGAUUGAUUUCAGCUCUACCUCCCUCCGUGGCCCCCUCAUCACGACGAUCCUCAAGUUUUGCCCCCGGUCCGAUGGCCAGCCCUCCGGCGCUGAGUGCUACAAGUGCGGCGAGGUCGGCCACAUUGCCCGCAACUGCUCCAUGGAUGGCCAGGAAUUUGAGGUCGCAGAGUCCGUGUUGGCAAGGCCUCUGACCGACCGCGCCGGCCACACCACGGUUAACAUCCUCCCACUAACCACACUUUUUGUUCUUUGUCCCGAAAAGCAGACAAUCUACAGCGAACUGAGCGACCUUGGCCAACACGGGUUCAUCGGCAACUCGAGCAUGGGUUCUCAUCGUCCCUCUGUCUCCAGAUCCCUUCUCGACACUGACUCGAACCCCAAAGGAGUCAAGAGGAUUUCUGCAACCUGGGGAUAA